AUGGAGACAAACUACCCUCAUGCUGCUUCUGCGUCCGCGUCUGCGUCUGCAUCGACUACCUCUCGAGCCACUGCGCCCGCCGCAAUCGUAGCAUCCGGGAGCCGCUCUACGCCGCCGAGCAGCAGCAGUCCGCCCACGCCCAUUGCUCUGCCCGUGAGCCCGCGCAAGAGUUCACGGCGCUUCAACGAUGCCAAUGCCAGUCCGCCGUCCACUCCGCCAGCGAAACCACGAUCGACCGGCAAGGGCAAGGGCAGGAAGCUGCUGAAGGGCCCGCGUGAGACGAGGCACCAGCGUGACAUAUCAGAGGAGGAGCUCGAGGCCGCCGUGGCCACUGCAGCACGACACUCGCACGGCCUGUCGUGGAACUCGACCACGCGUGACUCGGUCGUUGACAACCUGCUGUUCUCCCUGGACAACCUGUCACGGGGAGACGUCGGUGAAGUCGGAGGCAUGGAGGGGCACGAGCAAGAGAAGACCCGAUAUCUGUCGUCGCUCUCCUCGCACUUCGUCGACCAGGCACAGCGCUCGCGAGGCCACACCCACUCCUCAUCGACCUCGGAAUAUGACCGCCAUCUCAUGGACUCGCCGCAGAGCCAAGCGACUCCAUCGCCCAAAGGCCGACGGAGUGCCAGCACAUCCAACUUUCCAUCAUACAGCAGCAUGAAUGGGCGUGUGAAACAGCAGGGCAGACCCCAUGGCGGUGGACGAACGAGCUCGGAGGGUCCGCAACCGGCCCUCACGCAACCCUACAUCAAUGGCCGUUCGUUCGUUGCAAAGCGAAAGGACAGCAGCGAUACUGUCAGUUUGAGCCCAGAAGGCGGCUAUGGUGCUGUGCUCGAGACGAGCAGGUUGGCAUGGGGCAAUGGUGGCAGAUCGGUGAGCAUGGACCACAUUCAGUCAGACAGCAGGGAUGGACUUUCUGUGCUUGGGCGAGGACGUCCAGUGCCUUCGGUACACAGCAAGUACGAGUCCAACGACGCGGAUGAGUCCGAUGCAGCGCCGGAACCAAUCAUUUCUGGUGGUCCGCGCAAAAUGCAGAAUCCGACAGCAACAGGUCCAGUGUACGUCAAUCAGGCUAACCCCAAGCCCAAACCCAGCCAGUUGCGCAAAACAACCACACAGCAAGACCUGCGAUCUCAGGCUGGCAAUUCGCCAAGUCCUUCUAUCCCGCAUGAUAUAAGGGAGCAAGCGGCUGAUUUCGUCAGAACCAGCAGCAUGCGCGGAUCGCUACCUCCGCCUUCCGCGAGCAGUAGUACUGCACCCAGUCCCGGAAUCUCAACCAGGAGAAAGGAGCACUCUCCGCCACGAGAGAAACCUGGCUUCUUCAAACGCAUCUUCAGCAGCAAUUCUUCUCGUACAGUUUCAGGCACAGUGGAGCGACCGGGCUCCACACGCAAGGAUAACAACGACCGGGGCUCCGCAUCACGACGCGCUGUAUCACAAACAUCUGCAGCGGGUGGCGACGUGAAAGAUGCCACAAAUACUGCCAAUUCGCAGCCACCAACGUUGAGCAAGAAGCCGUCUUCGUUCUUUAGGAGACGAAAGAAGUCGACUUCAGAGGCGUUUAAUCCGCCGCCGAUUCCAACUGCCCAUCACAAUCAUGCCAACCCGAACAUGAAUACGGCCGGGGAGAGUCCUUCAAUUAGCAGUCUACGGAAAGUCAUGGAUCCCUAUCUAAACGAGGAUGAGACUACGCCACGUCUGCCAGCACACAACAGGACAGCUUCGCGUUCAGCUUCACGCCCGCCAACCGCAGGAUCCAAGGCCACUGCAAGUUCGAAGGAAGACUCUGAAGAUCCCGACAUAUUUCAUACCGGAUAUACGCCACCUCCAGACGCUUCGCUCGGUGCGCGAUAUCCAAUCUCGAGGGAGCAUUCUUUGAGCAUGGACCGCGAAAGAAACUUUAAAAUGAAAAUCAAGAAGCGUCGACCAGAGGACCUUGCAAAUUCAGAUGCCCAGGAGCCAGGCGAAAACAAUGACUUGGCACAUCCCAGUCGACGAUCUUCAAGAGAUACAUUGCGCGACGAAAAGGACCAUCUGAAAGUCUCACCGCUGUCUGCAUUUCAUCCGAAUGUCGAACGACCAGGGACAAUAAGUCGUGCCAGUACUGGCGAUGGGAUAAUUGCAGCGUCCGAGUCGCGACUCAUGUCCCAAGAUGCCAGUCCACUUGACACUGGAGAGAUGCGUGACUUCAGUGCUGGAACGGGCGUGAGCCUGAACAUGGACGAUGAUGAGCAAUGGGUGGUACAACAGGCGAAGCUUGAACGACCGCCCUCGCCCAAGUCUGGGCGAUUGCGUUUGCAGCCAACCGCUUCGGAAGAGCAACUCAAUCAGAACAAAGACAACAACUCUUCGCCAACCGAUGCUUUCCAUGAUUCGAAUGAGUUCCGGCCUGACAGUCUCGAAAUGCCACCUCGAGAGACGGCGCCGCCACAGCAGCUUCCCUCAGCCGCGUGCUUGCCACUGCCUAACAUUGGUGUCGACGGCAAUCGACCUGUAUCGAGGAACUCAAGUGAACCGACUAUUAUUCAGGUCCCGCCUGAGUUCGUUGAUGAGGGCGCCGAGUAUCGAGAGCGAGCCCGCAAGAUCUUCGAAGGCGACGAAGAAGAUGUUCCUCGUGGAGACGCUGCUGCUUGGCUUGGCGAACGCAACACACUCAGCAAGCGCACAUUGGAGGCAUAUAUGCAGCUCUUCGAUUUCUAUGGCAUGAACAUCCUUGCCAGUUUGAAGAUGUUGUGUUCGAAACUGACGCUCAAAGGCGAGACGCAGCAAUUCGACCGUAUCAUUACAGCAUUGUCAGCAAGAUGGUGCCAAUGCAAUUCGAAUCAUGGCUUCAAAGCGCAGGAUGUGGUUCACACCAUUAUUUACUCGCUCAUCCUGCUCAACACUGAUCUGCAUCUUGCGGACAUUGGUGAGAGAAUGUCUCGCAGCGCCUACGUCAAGAACACAUUACCUACGAUCAAGCGUGUUGUCGCCGACGCUGCGCCGAAUGCAUUCGACGACACAAUCCGACCAUUGAGGGAAAACCUGCGUCCAUCAUUGCCUUGGAGCGAGUCGAGCACUUCCGUCACAAACUCACGCAAUCCUUCCAUGCCUACAUCGCCUUCAAUGCCUUCUCGAGCGGAGACUCCCGAUGGCGGACGCGAGGUCAACGAUCAGUUGUACGGCGUGACAGCUAACAACAAGCGACUGUCAAUCAGGCCGGCAAUGAGCAGACAGGACUCCGACAAUGGCACGCCUGAUUCUGCAGGAGCUGGCACAGCCAACGCACUGGUCAACAACUGUUGGUCAGGCUCAAUGCGCGGAUGGGAGAUGGAGGUCGAGUCGAUCCUCAAGGCGUUCUUCAACUCCAUCCGGCAGGAUCCUCUACCCCUGCACAACACUGUCAUGGGUGGCAUCGACUCCUCAAACAACAGUCGCAACCUUUCUGUGGUCGACUUGAAUGGUAACCUCAAGCGAACUGGAAGCGUCGUCAGCAGAGCACCAUCAGAAAACAUCUCUUUGCGAUCGAAAGACACCCGAUUCAAUUCUUUCACACAACGUUGGCCAGGCAGGUCGAACAGAUCAAGACCGAAGCUAUACCCAGCCAGUACUGUGGGGUCAUCUCGUACCAGCUUCGACGAAGGGAGUGGUUUCUGGUCGCCAGCGCAAAGCAGCAAGUAUUCUUUCAGCAAGACUCUGACAUCUGCCUCGGUCGGUAGCUUCAAUACGCAGUUCCAGUCGCAAAUGGACUCAUUCAAGCCCUCAAUUGGCUUUGCUGGUGCGCUGAACCAAGCCAUGAUUCGGGAAGAGAAUUUCAACAGCGAUGGCAGCGACACUUUCUCUAUGCCACGUGGUGACCUGCUCGAGGACGAAAGCCUGGCACUUGAGGGAGCUCCUUGGGCAAAGGAAGGCAUGGUACAGCACAAGCAUCACCUGGAAACGCAAGAUCGUAAAGCCAAGGAGCGAAGCUGGACGUCUUGUUUCGCGGUCAUUAGCAAAGGCAAGCUCACCUUGUUCAACUUCAACACCUCGUCGAAGACACAGUCUGCUAGCAGGAAGACGCCGUUCCAGAAGAUGGGCAAAGCUGCAAGCGUAGCACCGCGCCAAGUUGGAGGCGGUGAUUGGAUGGACAAUGCCGAGCAACUCGAUGUGUUCAUCUUGCGUCAGACGAUUGCCUCGACGCUGCCACCGCCCGGCUAUAGUAAGGCUAGGCCGAACGUGUGGGCGUUGAGUCUACCAUCAGGUGCCGUACAUCUCUUCCAAGUGGGCACUCCGGAGAUUGCUGAAGAAUUCAUGACUGCUGCCAACUACUGGUCAGCACGUCUGAGUAAGGAACCCCUGGCCGGCGGCGUGUCUAACAUCGAGUAUGGUUGGUCGGAGAACAUUGUGAAUCCUGCUCUUCUUGAUCGCUCGGAGAGCUUCCAGCAUCCUCCAUCUUCGAUGCAGACACGCAAUGCGGGGCACUCGCACAGUAUGUCGACCGACCGAACAGAGCAGCGAGAUCGCCGUGGGAGUCUUCAAUCGUCUAUCCGGAACAGCUUUGACACUGGCUUCGGUAGCGGCACGAAGUCCAAGACGAGCGGCGACCGAGCGACUAUCAUGGAGUGGCAGCCACCGACUCAGUCGAUGAUGGCCAGCCAGUUGAUGGAAGUCGACCAGCUUAAGCAGCUGACGGCUUAUGUGACCGGCCAGGAAGAAGAGCUGAAUAAACACCAGGAACUGAAACAUGCGAUUGAACUUGCUUUCUCGCCACGCCAUCCGAACUUCCAGAAAGCCAUGGCCAACUGGCAGCGCAAGUCGGACCACUUGCUGCGCGAGAUCGUCAAGUUUCGCACGUAUAUUGACAGCUUGACAGCAGCGCAAAAGGCGAAGGAGGCCCUCUAUGCUAGGAAAGCAGACGGCCGUCUGAGCCCAGUCGCUAAGGACGAUGAUGUUUACGACCUUCCAACCAUGAAUCAGAUGAUGGGAGGUGUUGCGCCUCGCGGAAUCCACACUUCAGGUUGA